CCAGGAAGUUGCCGAGAAGUGACCCACUUUUGAGAUAUUUAUUUAUGGGGAAAUUAAAGUGAGAUGAAGAUCUGACGUCGUCGCGAAAAUUGGUGAAGCCCACCUAGCCAUGUGCUUCGGUGUGUCCUAUGAAUUCUGAUCGACAUGCACAGAAUUGCCGAGAAGGUUUUACAUAAUUUCAUGAUGCUAUGUAGACUUUGGCCGAUUCCUCCUUACUGAUUUCCUGAAGUGAAGAUUUAACACGUUUCCAUCUCUCCUUUCUUUACCCACAUCUCUAUGAUUGCACUUCUGUUGUGAUCAUUUAUCACACAUGAGGAGAAGACCAUGACUUCUUCCAUGGCCUUACAAGGAGCUUUUUUCCCGCUCUCUUCUGCUUCAACUUCUUCCAUCCAUAUGCAGAAUCAACACUUACAUAGAUGAUGAGCUUGAAAGAGGACAUGAAAUUUUGCAAGCACUUUUCCAAGCUAUCGAAGGAUCAAUGAUUUCUAUGGUUGUACUCUCUAAAAACUAUGCAAAAUCAAGAUGGUGUUUGAAUGAAUUGUUGAAGAUCCUUGAGUGUAGGGGUACAAUAAAACAAAUUGUUCUACCACUAUUUUAUGAAGUAGAUCCAUCAGAUGUAAGACAUCAAAAAAAUAGUUUUGGAAAAGCAUUCGCAAAACUUAAAAACAGGUCCAAGGACAAGGUAGAAGUCCAGAAGUGGGAGGCAGCAUUAGAAGAACUAGCCAAUAUGUCGGGGUUGGAAUUAAAGAAUUACAGGAAAGAGUCAGAAUUUAUCCAGGAAAUCACUCAAUGGGUGGACUUAAGAAUGGUAAGUCAAACACCUCUAAGUGUUGCCAAGUAUCUAAUUGGGAUAGAAUCUCGAAUACGACAUAUUUAUCGGCAUUUAAGUAUUGGAAAAAAUGAUAUUAUAAGCAUUUUAGGGAUAUUAGGGACGGGUGGAAUUGGGAAGACAACUAUUUCAAAAGAUAUCUAUAACCGAAUUUCUUCUCAAUUUGAAGGAAGUUGUUUCUUGGAAGAAGUUAGAGAAACUUCAAAACAAUCAGGAGGUCUAAUUAAGCUGCAAAAUACCAUUCUUUACGAUAUCUUAAGAACAAGUUUGGAUGUUCAUGAUAAGAACAGAGGCAUCAAUGUGAUUCGGGAUAGACUUCGUUCUAAAAGGAUUCUACUAAUUCUUGAUGAUGUGGAUGACUUGGUCCAACUAGAAAAUUUAGUUGGAGAUCGUGAUUGGUUUGGCUCAGGAAGUAGAAUCAUUAUAACGACAAGAGAUCAACACUUAUUAGAAGUCUUUGAAGUUGAUUCAAAGUGCGAGGUGAUGAUUUUGGAUGACAAUGAAGCUCUUCAGCUCUUUAGUUUGCAUGCUUUCAAGGAAAAAGAACCAUAGAAGGAUUUUGUGGACAUAUCUAAACAAGUAACAAAAUGUGCUCAAGGUCUUCCACUAGCUUUAACAGUGCUAGGUUCGGAUCUAAAAAGUCAAAGUAUACAACAAUGGAAAAGUGCAAUGGAUAAAUAUAAAAACAUUCCCCACAGCGAUAUUUAAAAAGUACUCUUAGUGAGUUAUGCAGGUCUGCAUGAUGCAUGAUGCUGAUAAGGAAAUAUUCCUUGAUAUUGCAUUUUUCGUCAAAGGAGAAUCUUUGGAAAAUGUCACGAAAAUAUUUGAUUUUUGUGGUUUUUAUCCGAAUCAUGGAAUCGAGAGGCUUAAAGACAAGUGUCUUAUUACUAUUGAAGGGCAUAAUAAACGUGUUGGGAUGCAUGACUUGCUACAAUCUAUGGGACGAGAAAUUGUUCGACAAGAAUCACCCAAAAAACCUAGCAAACGUAGUAGACUAUGGAAUCACGAGGAUAUCCAUAAAGUGUUGCAAGACAGUACGGGGCCAAACAAAAUUGAAGGCAUACUAUUAGAUUUACUCAAAGGUGAUGAGGUGAUCAGCUUGCAUUCGGAAGCAUUUCGAAAUAUGGAAAGCCUUAGAGUCUUUGUAAAUCAUAAUGCACAUUUUUCUUGUGCACCCAAUUAUUUCUCUAAGAAAUUAAGUGUCCUUGAUUGGAAUAACUAUCCUUCACCAUAUUUGCCACCUAAUUUUCAAGGGAAGAAUCUCAUUAUUUUGAGAAUGCGGCAUAGCCUCAUAAAGGAGUUAGGGGAUGGAUUCAAGCCCAAGAAUUUGACGAUUAUGAAAUUCGAAAAUUGUGAAUUCUUAGAAAAGAUUCCAGAUGUUUCAAGCCUCUCAAAUUUGAAGGAAUUGCCUGUCCAAUUUUGUACAAGAUUAGUUGAGGUGCAUGAUUCCGUUGGAUCUUUGGAAAAUCUUUCUAUGUUGGAUUUUUUUCAUUGCUCUACACUCCGAAUCCUUCCAAGUAGCCUCAAUUUGAGAUCUUUAUGCUAUCUUGGUCUUCAGGAUUGCCCAAGCAUUCGUUAUCUUCCUGAAAUCGAGUGUAAAAUGGAAUCUUUAAUUGAAUUGAAUCUACAUGACACCGCAAUAGAAGAGCUACCUUUAUCCAUCGAGAACCUCAUACGACUCGAAUCUUUAUAUUUAAGAGGCUGCAAAAACCUUAUGCGUCUCCCAAUUGCUUGCAUUCGGCUGCAACAUUUACGUUGGCUCGAGAUUGGUGGUAAUUGUCCAAAUUUUGAACAGAAGAUGAUGGAUGAUGGGCUAUCCCUUCUGGCUAUUGAGUCUACAAAAAUGGAAGAGGAGAUGUCAUUACGUGAAGAACGACUCCAUGAAUUGGAGUCUCCAACGAAUUCAAGCAAUGGGAGCACUGGAUUACAAUUGUUGAAUCUUCAAAAUUGUUUCCAAUCAGAAACAAAUUUCUUUCCAAUAUCUAGUUUAUUUACCAUGUUUAACUCCUUUGCCAGUUUGCGUCAUUUAUAUCUAUCGUCCACGUAUAUUGUUUGCCUUCUCACGAGCAUCAAAGAUAUUAUGAGCCUCGAAUCUCUUUCCUUGAGCUAUUGUUGUAAACUUGAAGAAAUACUAGAGCUUCUACCAAAUAUAACAGAAGUAGAUGUUAGGGGAUGCAAGUCAGUAGAAAUAUUUUGGGAAGUAUUAAAAAUAUUAGAACUCAAUGGAAGCCAUGUCAGAUCGCUACGAAGAACUGAUUUGGACAAAAUGCAUGAGAAUAUAUGGAAUGAUAGAGUGCAAAAUCCUUUUAUUGUGGAAGGGAGUCUAUGAAUAUGAAGAUGAUGCUACUUUGUUUCUGGAAAAUCAGAUUCCAGAGUGGUUCAGUAAUAUUCACGAGUUUUUAAAAGAUAAUGGAAUUGUGAAGGGGCUAGAUAAUUAUGUCAGACCAAGGGGAGAAGAAGAGUGGGUAAUGGAUAUCGAGGGGCCACACAAUUUGGAGGAGAUAAACGGAAUUGUACUGUAUAUCAUAAUACUUUUUAAAGAUGUUUCAAUGGAUGGGACAAUUGAUCAUGGUAAUGCUAAGAUAACCAGUAAGAGGUCAGAUCAUGUAUGCCGUAUUGAAGGGGUACAAUUGGUUAAUAAGGAUUGGUACCGCAAGGGAAAUAGGACUGGACACGCUGUAUGGGUGGGGUACUCCUAUUUAAAAUCUUUUAAACUACCAGUUUUGGACAAUUUGCGAGUUCAAUUUAAUUUUCGUUGUAAAGGGAUGGUGCGGUUUUAUAAAAGUUGUAGAGCCAAAGUGGUAUACAAGAAUGAAACCAUUUCAUAGUCGAUGCCAUGGUGCUUCUUCGAAGCUUCACAAUGUAUUGCCACCAAAAACAUAGCUUCAUUUGGCUCCAUUUACAAAAGGGAAUCUAACAAAGACACAGCUUGAAACAAAGUGGUGGAACAGAGGUCUGGAACCUUAGAGCCAGCAGUCGGCACAAUGUAACGCAGAAUGACACAACAGCAGAGACAAGGAGUUUUCAAGCUUGAGAGUUUAGGGUGGCUCCAGGUUGGAGAGAAGAAGAGGGAAAUAGAGCAGGACAUCGAAGAGUAGUGGGGGCCUCACGGCAGAUCUUGCUGUGUUGGUGAUGUCAGCACUAUCUGCAGUAAUCUGAGGUGUAAUUGGAAACUGGAUCUGUUGUAGACGGUGGUUGGCAGCUCGAUGUAUGAACCAAUCAACUUGGACCGGACUUGAGACGCCUCAAGCUAAAUUAGUUUCUUUUUUUCUAUCGAGUCAUUAAGUUGUCCUAGUGGGCCAUGGGCUUAUUUUGUUGAUUGUAAAAUCUUGCCCAUAGCCUUCUUUUGUUGUUGGCAUGUUGUUAGUCUCUGUUCUAGAUUGAGUAGCAUAUGUAUGGGGAGGAGGGUCUGGAAGUGAUUAUCUGAAGGCUUAUUAAGAAUUCUCUUGUAUUCUCGGAGGUUAAGGCCUCGUUUGUUUUCAGAGAUGAGAUGAGAUAAGUUGAGAUAAGUUAAAUAAAAUAUUAUUAGAAUAGAUUAUUUUUGUAUUGAGAUUUGAAAAAGUUGUA